AGUAUAUAGCGCGGCGGGUGACCGACCGGCUGAUUCAAAUGCACAGACAUCUUCAUCAUGAUAUCGUGUGGCUAUUUAGAAGAUGUAGAUAUUGAUGAGAUACCUUUAUGUGUAUUGCAAUUGCAACAAAAUGUGUGUAGUGGAGAUCCACCGGACGAAAUAUAUGAUCAACCCCCACCUGGUUCUCCGCGAACGGCGCCAGUCUCGAGAUCUCCAAUAGACUUGCAAGAAGACAUCGGUGUCGGAUCACUAGUGGAAGUAGCUACCGAUGUUGAUCAACACUAUUACGGCGUUGUCAGAUGGAUUGGCAUAAUAGAUGACACUGCGACAGCGGGCGUAGAAUUGGAACAGAGCGUGUGCGGUUUGGGGGACGGUUCGCGCGGCGGUAGUCGCCUGUUCACGUGUGCACCGGGCCGCGCGCUGUUCGUGCCGCUGCCGUUGUGUAGACGGGACGCACGGUUCCGUGACACGCCGCCGCCGGACCGAUUAGAUUUGCACGAUGCCGAAGACUUCGAACAGCCUGAUUGCCCAGUAGUGCCUGGUAUCGUUCCUCCUUUGACUUCCCUGGGCGAAUUAGCCGGGAAGAAUCGUGGUAUACAAGGGCACCAUAACUCAUGUUACCUGGACGCUACGCUCUUCGCUAUGUUCACAUUCACCAGCGUCUUCGAUGCAUUACUUUACCGGCCACCAGAAGCAGAGGAUUCGCCGCACUAUUCAGAAGUACAGAGAGUGUUGAGAGAAGAAAUAGUGAACCCUUUGCGUCGGCACGGGUACGUGCGCGCCGACCGCGUCAUGAAGUUGCGUACGCUACUCGAGAGACUUUCUGACGUGCCGGGACUCACGUGCGAAGAGAAAGAUCCCGAGGAGUUUUUAAACGGAUUAGUUGCACAAUUGCUGCGAGCAGAGCCAUUUCUAAAGCUUUCUUCAGGGCAAGAAUCUUAUUGUUACCAGCUUUUUGUUGAGAAAGACGAGCACGUUUCAUUGCCUACCGUUCAACAACUGUUGGAGCAGUCUUUCGCGACAUCUGGUGUUAAACUUAGCGAGGUUCCGGCUGCAUUUAUUAUCCAAAUGCCGAGAUUUGGAAAACAAUAUAAACUUUAUCAGCAAGUAUUACCGUCGCCACUUUUGGAUGUCACUGACUUAAUAGAGGGCCUACCGCGUCAAUGUACCGUGUGCGGCGGUCUCGCGCGGUGGGAGUGCGGGUCGUGCGCGGGCUCGGGCGGCGGCGCACUAGAAGGUGGCGCCCUCUGUACCUCAUGUCUGAGACUAGCGCACGCCACGCGACCACAUCACAAGGCAACACCACUAACGGUGUGCGAAGAGUUUGUAAAUGUACUCGAAACAUACCCGGUGCCGAGGGUUUAUAUGGAACUAUUUGCUGUACUCUGCAUUGAAACAAGUCAUUACGUGGCUUUUGUGAAAGCUGGCGUCGGUCAUGAUGCACCCUGGUGUUUUUUUGACUCUAUGGCAGACAGAAAAGGCGAACGCAACGGUUACAACAUUCCUGAGAUAGUAAGUAUUGAGGAGUUAGGAGCCUGGUUGGGAGAGGAAGGGGCUCGUACGUCUCAUUCAACCCCAUCAUCGCCGCACGCUUCCAGACUUCUAGCCGACGCGUACAUGUGCUUCUACCGCAGUCCUGACGUCGCAAUGUACCGAUAAUAAUAACGAGUUAAAAUUCACCUACUCGCUACUUAAUAUGAACUACGCUGUGGAUAAGGCAGGGUUCGCCGAUAAAUAUCAACGGAUAUAUAUUAAUUGAUAUUUAUUUAUUGUUAGUAUUGAGUCUCAGAUAGAAAAUUAACCAACCCGAUGUGACGCUAUUAAAUUAAGCCAAUAGCGACUUAUCAUAUGCAUGAUAUAUAUCGGAUUAUUGCGGACCCUAGGAUAAGGCCUAGAUUUUAUUAAUGACACUGUAGACAACUUUAACGAGCUGAAAUUGGAACUGUAUACUACCGUGAAUUCCGAAGUAAAACACUUAAUUUGACAGGGCGUAUAAACCCUUACUUGUAAAGUGAACAUAUACUAUACAUCAAGAUUUUUCCUAUUAAUUACAUAGAAAAGAAAAUAUGAAGAUAACAAGUAAUUUUUUAUUAUAAUCGUGCAAUACACAAGGU